UAGUAAUCUAUAAUUCUGGUCAUUUUAACAAUAUUAUUGCACUUAUCAGUUAUGGUUACAUGGUAAUGAGUAAAAAUGACAAGUAAAACUUUAUUCACAAAUUUAAAUUAUACGUAAAACUUACAAAUGUAUAAAUCACGAAAAAUAGAACUAUGAAGACAUUUGGUAACACUUGAAACUUCAGUAAAACUAUGAGCAAAUAUGUUUGGGGGGAAAAUAUUUUUUUUACUCGCGCCAAAACGAAAAUUUCAAUUAUUUCGGUCAAAGAUAGAUUCCCUCUGCUAUUUUCCUUCCUUUUCCUUUCUCGUGACUCUCUCUCUUGUCUCGUCAACUGUGCUCUGUCUACUUUUCCCAACCACUCUCUCUCUCUACUCUCUCCUCUCACCUCUCCAAAAUCCAUUAUCUUUCCUCUCAUCUCUCCAAAAUCCAUUAUCUUUCCUCUCAUCUCUCCAAAAUCCAUUAUCUUUCUCUCUCACGAUUUGACAAUGACUCAUCCUUACGAAGAGGCGAAGGAGAUGAAGAAGCUGAAGAAACACUACGACAUGUUAGGCUACAUUUGCGAUGCCCAAUAUGGAAUUCCUACCCGUUGCCCAUGUGGUGGUGAAAUCAAGACAGAUGUGUCUCCAAAUCCGAAGUAUCGCCACGAUUUCGAUACCUUGCCUGGAAGUAGGUACUUCACCUGCAAGAAUUAUGAGGAUGAUGGGAUGCACUUUCGUCAGCCAUGGACUUUUGGUCUUGAGGAUGAAGUGAGGCAACUAAGGAUGGAGGUCAAUAAUAUGGCUGAAGAGAUUGCUAAGCUUAAGAGGCUUAUUACCUCCACCUCCCCUCCAUGAGACGAUGCUCUCAACUCUAAGUACUCAAUUUAUGGAUUUGCUAAAAAACUUUGUAUUUCCCUAUCUAUUUCCAAUAAUUUCGGUUAAUACAAGUCUUUGUUUGUUAAGACUUGUAUAAGUGUCUCUGUCAAAACUUAUGUUAUAUUCGAAGCUAGUCUUGAAUCUUAUCUAAUGUUAGAACCCUUA